GGUGGCAGGUCACGUGUCCAGGGCUUGCCCGCGGGGACCCCUUCCACCCUGGCUCCCGCGUCACAUGACCGGCUUUAAGCAACAUGGCGGCUGCCGUGGUGCAGCGCCCGGGCUGAGCGACAGCAAGUGCAGCGGGCUCCUACCCCGGGUGGGAUCGUCGGUGGGACCGGAGCGCGGGCGGGCGCGGCCCCCCGGGACCAUGGCCGGGUCCGACACCGCGCCCUUCCUCAGCCAGGCGGAUGACCCGGACGACGGGCCAGUGCCUGGCACCCCGGGGUUGCCAGGGUCCACGGGGAACCCGAAGUCCGAGGAGCCCGAGGUCCCGGACCAGGAGGGGCUGCAGCGCAUCACCGGCCUGUCUCCCGGCCGUUCGGCUCUCAUAGUGGCGGUGCUGUGCUACAUCAAUCUCCUGAACUACAUGGACCGCUUCACCGUGGCUGGCGUCCUUCCCGACAUCGAGCAGUUCUUCAACAUCGGGGACAGUAGCUCUGGGCUCAUCCAGACCGUGUUCAUCUCCAGUUACAUGGUGUUGGCACCUGUGUUUGGCUACCUGGGUGACAGGUACAAUCGGAAGUAUCUCAUGUGCGGGGGCAUUGCCUUCUGGUCCCUGGUGACACUGGGGUCAUCCUUCAUCCCCGGAGAGCAUUUCUGGCUGCUCCUCCUGACCCGGGGCCUGGUGGGGGUCGGGGAGGCCAGUUAUUCCACCAUCGCGCCCACUCUCAUUGCCGACCUCUUUGUGGCCGACCAGCGGAGCCGGAUGCUCAGCAUCUUCUACUUUGCCAUUCCGGUGGGCAGUGGUCUGGGCUACAUUGCAGGCUCCAAAGUGAAGGAUAUGGCUGGAGACUGGCACUGGGCUCUGAGGGUGACACCGGGUCUAGGAGUGGUGGCCGUUCUGCUGCUGUUCCUGGUAGUGCGGGAGCCGCCAAGGGGAGCCGUGGAGCGCCACUCAGAUUUGCCACCCCUGAACCCCACCUCGUGGUGGGCAGAUCUGAGGGCUCUGGCAAGAAAUCCUAGUUUCGUCCUGUCUUCCCUGGGCUUCACUGCUGUGGCCUUUGUCACGGGCUCCCUGGCUCUGUGGGCUCCGGCAUUCCUGCUGCGUUCCCGCGUGGUCCUUGGGGAGACCCCACCCUGCCUUCCCGGAGACUCCUGCUCUUCCUCUGACAGUCUCAUCUUUGGACUCAUCACCUGCCUGACCGGAGUCCUGGGUGUGGGCCUGGGUGUGGAGAUCAGCCGCCGGCUCCGCCACUCCAACCCCCGGGCUGAUCCCCUGGUCUGUGCCACUGGCCUCCUGGGCUCUGCACCCUUCCUCUUCCUGUCCCUUGCCUGCGCCCGUGGUAGCAUCGUGGCCACUUAUAUUUUCAUCUUCAUUGGAGAGACCCUCCUGUCCAUGAACUGGGCCAUCGUGGCCGACAUUCUGCUGUACGUGGUGAUCCCUACCCGACGCUCCACCGCCGAGGCCUUCCAGAUCGUGCUGUCCCACCUGCUGGGUGAUGCUGGGAGCCCCUACCUCAUUGGCCUGGCCUGCUGCACGAAGCAGGGUCCACAGACGACCGGAUUGUGGUGCCCCAGCGGGGCCGCUCCACCCGCGUGCCCGUGGCCAGUGUGCUCAUCUGAGAGGCUGCCGCUCACCUACCUGCACAUCUGCCACAGCUGGCCCUGGGCCCACCCCACGAAGGGCCUGGGCCUAACCCCUUGGCCUGGCCCAGCUUCCAGAGGGACCCUGGGCCGUGUGCCAGCCCCCAGACACUACAUGGGUAGCUCAGGGGAGGAGGUGGGGGUCCAGGAGGGGGAUCCCUCUCCACAGGGGCAGCCCCAAGGGCUCGGUGCUAUUUGUAACAGAAUAAAAUUUGUAGCCAGACCCCAGGUGCCUGCUCUCGUCUUUCUCUGGGUGGCCUCUGAUCUUGUACCCCGUCUUCACCCCAGGGCUCCUGAAGACUGUGGGUCAUUCCUCGGGGCUCUGGGUGAGUCUCUGCCCUUCUGGGCUGGGCGACUGAGAUGGGGGACUGCUCUUCUCCGAGUGAGCUGGCUGAGUGUGACCGUGAGUCACGCCCCUGCUUCCCUGGAGCCUGUCCCUUGCCUCACAGGCCUGGCUGAGGUGGGGGUGGGCACUGCCCUUUGUACCCCAGAAUUCCCACUGUCAGGGCCUCCCUGCUCGCUGCCUCCCCGGGUCCUGGAUAUGGAGGCCACGGCUGCCAGCUGGCAGGUGGCUGUCCCCAUCUGGGGGGCCAGCAGACCCUUGGGGCCUAGGGGUGCAGCCGGCCUGCUCCGAGCUCCCCUGCAGAUGGAGGAGGCCAUCCUGGUCCCCUGCAUGCUGGGGCUCCUGCUGCUGCCCAUCCUGGCCAUGUUGAUGGCACUGUGUGUGCACUGCCACAGACUGCCAGGCUCCUACGACAGCACAUCCUCAGAUAGUUUGUAUCCAAGGGGCAUCCAGUUCAAACGGCCUCACACGGUUGCCCCCUGGCCACCUGCCUACCCGCCUGUCACCUCCUACCCACCCCUGAGCCAGCCAGACCUGCUCCCCAUCCCAAGAUCCCCGCAGCCCCUUGGGGGCUCCCACCGGACGCCAUCUUCCCGGCGGGAUUCUGAUGGUGCCAACAGUGUGGCGAGCUACGAGAACGAGGAACCAGCCUGUGAGGAUGCGGAUGAGGAUGAGGACGACUAUCACAACCCGGGCUACCUGGUGGUGCUUCCUGACAGCACCCCGGCCACUAGCACUGCUGCCCCAUCAGCUCCUGCACUCAGCACCCCUGGCAUCCGAGACAGUGCCUUCUCCACGGAGUCCAUUGAUGAUUACGUGAACGUUCCGGAGAGCGGGGAGAGCGCAGAAGCGUCUCUGGAUGGCAGCCGGGAGUAUGUGAAUGUGUCCCAGGAACUGCAUCCUGGAGCGGCUAAGACUGAGCCUGCCGCCCUGAGUUCCCAGGAGGCAGAGGAAGUGGAGGAAGAGGGGGCUCCAGAUUACGAGAAUCUGCAGGAGCUGAACUGAGGGCCUGUGGAGGCCGAGUCUGUCCUGGAACCAGGCUUGCCUGGGAUGGCUGAGCUGGGCAGCUGGAAGUGGCUCUGGGGUCCUCACAUGGCGUCCUGCCCUUGCUCCAGCCUGACAACAGCCUGAGAAAUCCCCCCGUAACUUAUUAUCACUUUGGGGUUCGCCCUGUGUCCCCCGAACGCUCUGCACCUUCUGACGCAGCCUGAGAAUGACCUGCCCUGGCCCCAGCCCUACUCUGUGUAAUAGAAUAAAGGCCUGCGUGUGUCUGUGUUGAGCGUGUGUCUGUGUGUGCCUGUGUGUGAGUCUGAGUCAGAGAUUUGGAGAUGUCUCUGUGUGUGUGUGUGUAUCUGUGGGUCUCCAUCCUCCAUGGGGGCUCAGCCAGGUGCUGUGAGUGACAGCAGACAGUGGCUGGGACACCCCCCUUCUGAAUGAAGCCUUCUGACCUGGGCUGGCACUGCUGGGGGUGAGGACACAUUGCCCCAUGAGACAGUCCCAGAACACGGCAGCUGCUGGCUGUGACAAUGGUUUCGCCAUCCUUAGACCAAGGGAUGGGACCUGAUGACCUGGGAGGACUCUCUUAGUUCUUACCUUUUGUGGUUCUCAAUAAAACAGAACUUAAAAAAUUG